CGCAAUGUUAGUCCUCCCCCAGAAAGAAAAGUGAACCAUGAGAAAAAACGAGAGUGCAGUGCGUUAAAAAAUGAGGAAAAUUGGAUAAGCUAGCUCAAAUCGUGCACUUUGGUGGGUUUUUCACGGUUCGGAACGGGCUCGCCUGCUGGAGCAAGUGAUGGGUUCCGUGGGCCGCUACGGUUUGUAGGCUCCACCCGCCCCAAGUUAGGCUCGCGCGGUCAAGUGCAAUGCAGAAGCCAAUCAUUAGAGCCAGUAGCAAUAGCAGCAGCAGCAGCAAUUUAGGCGCAGGGUGUGGAUCAACGACGACGACGACAACGGUGCGGUUGCAUACAUUUGGGGGUAGUUUUUUUUCUUCUUCGUACGACAAAUCCGGAUUAAGUGGAACCGUGGGGAGGCGAGUGAGGCCAGCGGAGCCCACUACUCAACUCAUGCACUGAACGACGACUGAGAAGAAGACGACGACGGCAGAGGAUGUGAAGGCCCACCCCCGGAAGGGAAUCGCCGCCAGCCAGUCAACCAAACCUACAAGAAGAAACAGCAGUCUAAUAGGACAGCAAACGGACGCGUAACUUUCCUUAUUUUGUACUAUCGCCCCUCCUGAAAGUAGGCCACCAGCAGCGCGAUGGAGCAGGAAAUCGGCAGCUGGGACUCGGUCCUGCUCGAGAACCUUUCCGAGGACAGUUUUAUCAGCAAUCUGCACCAGCGCUACAAACGAGAUUUGAUCUACACCUACAUCGGUACGUUUCUGGUGGCGCUGAAUCCGUACAAACCGUUGGCCAUCUACACGCCGGACCUGGUGCGGAAGUACGCCAACAAAAGUCUGUUCCAGUUGCCGCCGCACAUCUUCGCCGUGGCCAACUCGGCCCACCAGUUCCUGCUCAACUACAACGAGGACCAGUGCAUCGUGCUGUCGGGCGAGAGUGGCGCCGGCAAGACCGAGUCGGCCCGAAUGAUCGUCCACUUUUUGACGCAGCUGUCGGAGAUGCGCCGCAGCCGGGCCCCGAUCUUCUCGCUCAAGGGCUCCAACCCGGGCUCGCGCCAGUCCACGCCGAAGCACAGCACGAUCCAGCGGGUCGGAUCGUCGUUUGAAAGUGGCACCAGUGGCAGUUCGGGGAUGGGGGCGACGGGUCGGCUGGACAGCAUCAUGAAGCAGUCGAGGAAAUGCUCGCACGAGAAAACGGUCGAGUUUGAUUUGAUUUCGCACCACAAGAGUUCGGAGAAUUUGGCCGCGAUGAUGAACGCUGGCCACGUGGUUGGGACGGGUCCCGGAAGUGGCAACUUUUCCAGCACUCCCAAGUGUUUGAAGCACUCGAACCAGUCGAUCAGCCGCUCGACCGAGGCCAGCGAUUUUCCCACCAAGGCGACCCUCAAGUCGGCGUUCGCGUCCUGUCCGAAGCACAACAACUGCACCAGCGCCGGAAGUAGCCACAUGGACCUGCACCGGAUGUCCAGCUGCAUCAAUUCGCCCUCGCUGCAGAAGCGGUGCAGUUUGGUGCGCGGCUGUUGCCACCAGAGCAGCAACCGGUCGAUCCACAAGUCUUCGUCGUCGAUCACGUUGACGUACGACCACAGCAGCAUGUCCCCGUCGGUGCACCGCCGUCAGAUACUCAAAUCCAUCACGAAGGAGGUGUACCUGCGCGAUCUGGAGCUGGCCAAGAUGCGGGAACGGGUGGCGCACGCGGAGAUCUUCCUCGAGGCCAUGGGCAACGCGAGCACGGCUAAGAACACUAACUCGAGCCGAUACGGUAAAUUCUUCGAUAUUGAGUUCGACUACAAGGGAGAUCCUUCCGGAGGUCACCUGACUUUAUACAUGUUGGAGAAGUCCCGCGUAACGUCACGAAGUUCCGGCGAACGAAACUUCCACAUCUUCUACCAGUUGCUGUGUGGCGCCGACAUCCAUCUGCUCAAAUCCCUCAAGCUGCAGCGGAACAUUGACAAGUACGAGUUGCUCAAGUACGGCCUAACCAGCGAGGAAGAUCGGACCAACUUUGGCUUCACCAAGCGUUCCCUUGAAGUCAUUGGCUUCAACCCGGAGGAAAUCUUCUCCAUCUUCAUCGUCCUGGCGGUGGUGCUCAAGCUGGGCAAUCUGACGUUCAUCCCGACAACCAACAUCGACGGCAGCGAGGGUUGUGAGAUCUCCAACGAGUACGAACUCGAGGAGAUCGCGCAGCUGCUCCAGCUCGACAGUCACCUGCUGUUCCACUGCCUGACGCGGGCCGGCGAGUCAUGGGAGCAGAUUGAGACGGACGGGACGGAGAUCGACGCGGUGUACGCGUCCAAGAUCAAGUUUGCGCUCUGCCGGACGCUGUACAGCCGGUUGUUCUCGCUGAUUGCCGUUCGGAUCAACGAGCAGCUCAAGGUGAAGCAGUACGGAAUGAGCUCGGGGGCGACGGUGCGGGGCAAGACGAUUGGUUUGCUGGAUUUUUACGGGUUCGAGGUGCUCGAGAAGAACUCGUUCGAGCAGUUUGCCAUCAACUACUGCAACGAGCGGUUGCAACAGCACUACGUGAAGAACGUACUCAAGUAUCAACAGGAUCUGUACCUGGCCGAGGGAUUGGACUGGAUCAAGAUUGACUACUUCGACAACCAGCCGAUCUGCGAGCUGAUCGACAAGCCGUGCUACGGAAUCCUGCACCUGGUAGACGAACCGCAGAUCAUCAACGACGGAAUUCUGCUGACGCGGUUGCACCAGUGCUGUUCCGGCCACACCAACUUCCUCGCGCGCGAUCCCACGCUGCCUUCGAACUGCUUUCAAGUUCGCCACUUUGAGGGACCAGUCCUGUACUCCAGCCAGGGCUUCAUCGAGAAGAACCAGGACGUGCUGCCGAAGCACGUGAGUGCCUGCCUGUACCAGCACUGCGAGCUGCCGAUCGUGGCCAGCCUCUUCCCGGAGGGCAACCCCAAGCGGUACAGCGGCAGUGCCGUUGGCCGCAAACCGCCGACCAGUUUGAGUACAAAUCUACGCACCUCGCUGCAGACGCUGCUGAAGCAGCUCGAGCAACGCUACAACCACUACAUCUUCUGCAUCAAACCGAACGAGCUGAAGCAGCCCAAGAUGCUGGAGCUCGGCCUGGUUCAGCACCAGGUGCGGUACAUGUGUCUUAUGCCGCUGAUCAACCUGUGGCGCAACGGGCACUACUUCAACAUGGUGCACGCGCGCUUCGUCCAGCGCUACAAGCUGCUCUGCCAGUACACGUGGCCCCACCUGGCCGCCGGAACGACCAUCGACGGGGUGGCGCUCAUCAUCCGGAGCGUACCGCUGCCGGGGGCCGAGUUCACGAUCGGCCGCAAGAAGGUGUUUAUCCGCAGUCCGCGCACCGUGUACGAGCUGGACGAGUUCCGGAAGGUGCGCCUGAACGAGCUGGCCGUGCUCAUCCAGAAGACGUACCGGUGCUACACCAAGCGGAAACACUUUCUGGACCUGCGGCGCAGCCAGCUGGUGAUUGCGGCCUUCUGGCGGACGUGGCGGGAACGAGAGAAGAUCCGUGUGGUGGAGUUCAAAAAGCAAGCACACUGGGCGGUCCAGGUGAUUGGCCGAUUUUUCGUCCUGAUCAAGACGCGCGAGUUCCUGCUGACGCUGCUGCUGCGGCUGCCGCACGACAACAUGAGCCCCAUCUGCCACGAUUGGCCCCCGGCGCCGUCCUUCCUGGCCGAGACGUCCCAGCUGCUGCGAAACAUCUUCCACCGGUGGCGGUGCUACAAGUACCGGAAGUCGUUUGACCAACCGGCUCGGAACCGGAUGCGCGAAAAGGUCACCGCCAGCAUCAUCUUCAAGGACCGCAAGAUCUCGUACCCCCGGACGGUGGCGCACCCCUUCCACGGCGACUACAUCCGACUGCGGCAAAACGUCCAGUGGAAACGGGUCAGCUGCGAGCACAACGACCAGUACGUCGUGUUUGCCGACAUCAUAAACAAGAUCGCCCGAUCGAGCGGGAAGUUCAUCCCGAUCCUGCUGGUGGUCUCGACCAACUCGAUGCUGCUGCUGGACCAGAAAACGAUGCAAAUCAAGUACCGGAUACCGGCCUCCGAGAUCUACCGGAUGUCGCUGAGCCCGUACUUUGACGACAUUGCCGUGAUCCACAUACGAGCCGACAAUUACAGCUCCAACAUGUCGGACCGGUCCGAGUCGCCCACGGGAUGUUUGUUCCAGUCGGAAAUCGGCAAAAAGAAGGGCGACUUCGUCUUCCAAACGGCACACUCGAUCGAGAUCGUGACGAAGCUGUUCCUGGUGAUCCAGAACGCGACCGCCAAAUCACCGGAAAUCGUCAUCAGCACAGAAUUCGAGGCCAACUUUGGCCAGCAGACGGUGGUGUUUACGUUCAAGUGCGGUGGCCUGGCGGACAACCCGUACAACCAGACCCGGGUCCAGCGCAAGGGCAACCGGAUGGAGGUGACCGUGUAACAGAGGGCGUUCCCGGAGCUGGGCGGCGGCGGCACGCACCACCACUCCACGUCGACGGAACGUCUGGUGCCACUGUUUGACUACGACGACGAGGACGGGCUGGAGUUUGGCGUGCGGGGCCUGGAGUUUGACUAACUUGUUUGGAGGUUUGGGCAAAUAGUAAACCACUACACAAAACUACGAUGAUAGAAAACGAGGACAUCUUUGAAGCGACGGCCUGGCAAUGGCCAAAUGCUUCGCGGAAAAUCAAUUAAGACAACCUAUUAGCAAUUGGAAAUACGAAACUACUUGGAAUUUGAUGUCGACGGCGAGAAACAGUUUAAUGAGUUGAAAUAAAGUAUAAAAAUUGAAUACAAUCAUAGAGUCUAUUCUAGAAGAAAAAUCUAUCGCGAAAAAGAAAUUUUACUAAACUCUAGCAAGGUUAGCGCGACUGGCAAUGUGCGUUUUUUCAAACCGGAGAUGCCAUCGUGCAAACAUUAACUCGUUUGAGCCAAAUACUAAAUUUUAACCUAGAACUUAUUUUUGAUAUUGAUUUUAUCAACUACUUUCAUAUAGACCACGAAACGAUGUUCAAGAGUUUAAAACACACGUAAAUUAACAGAGUUUUUAAAGGAGUAACGAAAAAGUGCUCUCAUUUCCAGCGUGUGUUGAUCGACUUUGGCAUUUUAAAAUGUACUAUUAUAACCGGAACAGAUAUAUAGAGAGUAAAAUUAUAUAAUACAGCUAGAACGGUCAAAUAACACAACACGUAUGUAUGAUAUUUAGAAAGAGAGCAAAUAAAUUUAGAAAAAAAUGUGUAGCGCAUUGAAUUUAGAAAUUCCAUAACAAAACCAUUACAAUUUAGGUAGCUCAAUUUGUCUUACUAAAUCGCAUUAAAUAAAACACUUAUAUUAUAAAAAGCACUAUCGUAUCGUAAAAAGAGCGAAAUUCUAAUUAAUUUGUGCUCGGUCCCAUCUCAAUUUUGAAUCGAGGUGGUAAAAUCACAACAAAACUAGGCCAAAAAUAAAACAAUUAUUAGUCAUUAUUAAAACAAAGCAUAGAUCAGAGUAAAAUAUAACUUUAAACAAACAAAACAUAAUGGCAGUUGUGAGCAACACUGAUAAAAAGAGAAAACUCAAAGACGCUUAUUACGGUGACAGAUAUUAUAGUGAACAGAAAAAGCAAGAGAAAUAAACAAAAGUCGACAGAAAAACACUUACCACUAAGUAUAAGAAAAAAAAAGAAGCAACUUUAAAAACAGGCUAAACCAAAAACAAACAAACAAAAAUUAAAUCAAUUACUACUGCAAGCAAACAAACAAAAUUAAUCAUAAGCGCAGAGGGGGGACUGUUAUCGGCAAGGGGAAGAGUUUUUCGUGACGUGAUUUUAAUUUCACUUUUUUUUCUUUCUUCCAUGUGCAAAACGGCGCGAGCUCAUAGAAAUCAAAUAGAAUACCUCAAGUCGUCGAAGUGUGCAAUGUUUAGAUGGUCGUAAACACGAGAGACACGGGUUCUUCCUUUACCGUUUAAAUUGAAAACCGCCAAUUUUGUGUGCCAAAUGGUUAAUAAUGAGGGGGAAAAUCGAAUCACGUGUGGGUUCUUAAAAGCUGUUUGGUGACUUUUGAACUACAGAGAUAAAAAAAAAUGUGCCAAAUGUUUUCCUUUUAUGUGUACACAUUCAGUUAUUUUCUACGUGGAACUGUUUCGUACUGAUCAAGUUUUUUGUAUUUGUUGAGCAGUUGAACGGUUUUUCUAUGCGAUCUUUUCUCAAGUAAUUGUAACGGUUAGCAGUAAUAUGGAAUUAUGAGAAUAUCUAGUUGAAAAUGUAGCCAAUUUACAAACACAGAAAAUGGUUAAUAUAAUUAAAACAUCACACAAAAAACGACGUUACAGUUAACAUAAAGCAACCAAUUUGUGUCGAAACGUGUAUGCCAAUAGCAAAGUAGAAGUAAACAAAAUAAACGGUUCUACGGUUGUUGCCAAAUGUUUGUGUAGGCCUGUCGAUAAUUUAAAUUGGUCUUGUUAAAAAAAAAAUGUUGGAAAAAUUGUUUAAACUCACAGCAACAAAAGUUGC